CCCUUUUUUUCCGUCCGUGCUCCGCUACUUCCGGUUAGUAGCCUGCUGCCGGCUGUUCCGCCCCUUUGGCGGAGUGAAUCCUGGCUGUUCCUCGCAAUGGUGCGGUUCUUACAUAUCCAGAACCGGCAACGAGCCCCGCUAACUAUUUGCGGGGAUUGUCCUGCCGUGCAGGCAGAAGCAUCUCCGUAUUCCCUAGUUGACAUCUGCUUGAAUGCCUUGGUUGUUGAUUUAGAAAAAUUUUGUAUAGAAAGACCAGAUGGGUCAUUGUGCUUGAAAGAAUCUGAAAGGCUUCCUCAAGAAGUGGCUGAUCGAUUGCUGCAAACGAUGGCAUAUCGAGAACUGUUGAAUGAUGGCACAGUGGGCAUUUUCCGAGGCAACCAAAUGCGUUUGAAGCAAGCUUGUAUCCGCAAAGCAAAAAUCUCAGCUCAGUCCUUCCAGAAAGCCUUCUGCCAUCAUAAACUGGUAGAACUUGAUGCUGCAGGAAUGAAUGAUACUGUUACGGUUGCAGACGUUGUGAGUGGUCUGGGUAGCAGUGCAUGGAUCCAGAACAAUCUUCAGUGCCUUGUCUUGGACUCGUUAACUCUUUCCCCUACAAAUCCCUAUGAACGGUGCUUUAGUCAGCUGUCUGGUCUUCGCUCUUUGAGCAUUACCAAUGUGCUCUUUCGUGAUGAAGAUUUAGCAGAGGUUGCAACCCUGCCAAGAUUAGAAAGCUUGGAUAUUUCCAAUACUUCUGUCACAAACAUAACUGCACUCCUGGCCUGCAAGAAUCGACUUAAGUCUCUAACUAUGCAUAGUUUGAAAUGUUUGAAAAUGCCUACAUCAAAGUUCUUAGACGUCAUAAGAGGACUAAAAUAUCUGAUUCAUCUUGACAUCUCAGAUGAGCAGCAUUCUACAUCGGAUAUUGCCUUUCGCUUGCUAGGGCAGAAAGACCUUCUGCCCAAUCUUGUGUCUCUGGACAUUUCUGGAAGCAAAUACAUUACUGAUGAAGCUGUCGAAGCAUUUGUCAGACAGCGGCCAACAAUGCGGUUUGUGGGUUUGCUCGGGACUGAAGCUGGAUAUACAGAGUUCCUUUCAGGAGAAGGAACCUUGAAGGUAUCAGGAGGAGAAAAUGAAAUGCAGAUUUUGGAAGCUUUAAAACGCUACAGUGAAAGGCCACGCUUUGUGAAAGAAGCCUUUUUUCAUCUUUUUACUCAAACAUGUUUUAUGAGAAUUACAAAACCUGAAAUUCUAAAGCUUGUGAUUAUUGGAAUGAGGAAUCACCCUUUGGACUUGGCAGUACAGUUAACUGCCAGUGCCUGUGCCCUUAACUUAACAAGGCAAGGCUUAGCAGCCGGCAUGCCUGUUCGUCUGCUCUCCAGUGUCAUCCAGCUGCUCCUCAAAGCCAUGGAAACCUUUCCUGAACAACAACAGCUCCAGAAGAACUGUCUUCUUUCGCUAUCUAGCGUCAGGAUUCUACAAGAUGUUCCAUUUAACAGGUUUGCAGCUGCCAAAUUUGUUGUCCAGUGGCUUUGUAACCAGGAAAAUCAGCAUAUACAAAGAAUUGCAGUUAAUAUCAUCUCUAUCCUAGCACUUAAGCUUUCAGAUGAGCAAGCAGCACAACUUACUGCCGAGUUCUACAUAGUUGUUGGGAAACUUCUUGAAAUAGUUGAACAGAAAAUAAAUCAGAAUGAAUUAGAUACAACUUUCCAUUUUACACUGAGUGCACUUUGGAAUCUCACAGAUGAAGCUCCAACUACAUGUGGGCACUUCAUUGAUAACAAAGGGUUGGAACUUUUCAUGAGAGUUUUAGAGACUUUUUCAUCUGAUUCUUCCAUACAACAUAAAGUUCUUGGCCUUCUGAAUAAUGUAGCAGAAGUGAGAGAGCUGCAACCCAAGUUAAUGCAGAAGGACUUCCUAGAUCGUGUCAGUGAAUUGCUGAGCAGCACUGAAAUGGAAGUCAGCUACUUCUCAGCUGGGAUUAUUUCAAAUUUGCUAUCUAGAGGUGAACAAUCUUGGGCAUUGAGUCAAGCACAGAGAAGAUCCCUUAUUGAAAAACUGCAUGCAACUCUUUUGAAGUGGCCAACACCAGAAUGCAAGAUGGUAGCCCUGCCAGCAUAUAGAUCCCUCAGGCCUUUCUACCCAUUACUUGACUGCUUUGUGUUACCUGGAGUACAGAUCUGGGCAGCAUGGGCUAUCCUGCAUAUCUGUUGCAAAACCCCUGCCAGGUACUGUGCCAUGUUGAUAGAAGAGAAUGGGCUGCAGAAUUUAUAUAAUAUUAAAGAAAAUGACGAGAGCGAUCCAGAUGUCCAGUAUCUAACAACUGAGAUACUUACUUAUGUGGACACUCACAUGAAAUAUUACGGGAAGCCUAAACAACUAAAGGAGAUACAAACCAAGUCAAAUGGAUAACUGAGGCCUCAGCUGUAUCUUCCAUCUUGUAACUUUCACAAGCUGUGCUAGAGAUUUUUAUUCUUUCACAGGUGUUUCUGAUCAAGAUGGCCCUUCCUGUAAGAUUUGAAGAUACUUGUAUGGUAUGCAAAUCUGGAAGUCUUCUACAAGUAGCUUUAAUUUGUAACUUCCCUUCUGACAAGGAAAUGGGGCACCAUCCCUAGAGAAAACUGCUUAGUAGCUUACCAUACAGGACUUGAACAGAGUCUGAUGCUUGCAAGCCAGCAAUUUUAUAUAGCAGUGGUCAAGGACACUAUAAAAGGAUGCUUUCAAGCUACUUGUUCUCCUGCCACUAAUCUCUCAUAUUGUCAGUUCAGGAACUGUUCCAUUGUUAUUCAUGCCUUAUCAACAGUAGACUCAGUAUUGCUUGUGAUAGGUGAGAUGAAAAUAGGAUUGAUUUAGCCGUAGAGGUUCAAGGAGAAACUCUUUAAAAAAAUCCUAAGUGGUGGCACAGAGGUGUUUUGAAAAUCCUGAGCAAAGGAACACUAGCUUGUUCCAACUAAAAUGUUGGAUUCGUCUAACAAUAGGUCAUUGAGCCAGCCACAAGCUUUCAUAAGGGGCUUAUACACAUUUUUUAAGUGGGGGCUAUGUGCAUAUUCUAGAGGGGAGAUUCUGGGUUUGUACAAUACAUUGCCACAGCCCAACAUAAAA